UUUAUUUAGUCUCAGUGACUAACACAUUUUAACUAAAAUGUCUAAUAAAAUUAUCUUUGUUGGAGAUAUAAUAUUACCAAAUUUAUCAAAUCUUAAAUGUAUUAGUGCAUAUUUAAUAGUUGAAAAUGGAUUGAUAACUGAAAGAGGUGCGAAGGAUUACUUCUAUAAAUACCAGGAUAAUUUUAUUAAAAGGGGUUACCAAAUUAAAAUACUAGAACCUCAUCAAUUUUUGAUGCCGGGAUUUGUUGACUGCCACACACAUGCACCACAGUUUCCAAAUAUUGGUCUUGGUCUUGAUCGUCCUUUACUUGAGUGGCUUGAUAAAUAUACAUUUCCUCUAGAAAGUCAAUAUAGUGAUGAAGAAUUUGCCGCUAAUGUUUAUUCUAAAGUUGUAAAAAGGUUGAUCAACAAUGGCACAACAACAGCAUGCUACUUUGGAACUCUCCAUUUAGAAGGCACAUUGGAACUUGUAAAGAGUGCCAUAAAACAGAAUCAGAGGGCCUUCAUAGGCAAAGUUAGUAUGAACAUUGAGAAUGACGCAGGAUAUUAUAAUGAUACUGAAAAGGAGUUAAGAGAAGUUAAAACAUUUGUUGAAAAAGUAUUUGAGUAUAAUAAUGAUUUAGUUAAUCCCGUAAUCACUCCAAGAUUUGCAAUCAGCUGUGAUAAUGAUCUAAUGAAGAAAUUAUCAGUAAUAGCAAAACAAAACUCAUGCCUUAUACAGAGUCAUAUAUCAGAGAAUAAAAAGGAGAUAGAAUAUGUGCUGAGUACUAAUCCAGAAUGUACGAGUUAUUCUGAAGUUUAUGGACGUUGCGGCCUUUUUGAUAAUAAGUGCAUCAUGGCUCACGGGGUGCAUCUGAGUGAGGAGGAGAUUGAUAUGUUCGUACGUAAAGGCGCAUCCAUAGCGCACUGUCCGGCCUCCAAUACCAGGCUCAAGUCUGGACUCUGUCCCGUGAGGAAAUUACUCAAUUGUGAGGUCAAAGUCGGUCUCGGAACUGACGUAUCAGGAGGCGAUAACGCGAGCAUAUUGGAUGCGUUGAGACGCGCAAUGGACGUAUCCGAACAUCUCAACCUGUUGGGCGGCAAGGAGUCUGCGUUAAAUUGGAAGGAGGCCCUAUAUCUUGCCACGCUGGGUGGAGCUAGGGCUCUAUUUAUUGACGAUAAAAUCGGACGUCUCGAGGUAAAUCAGGAAUUCGACGCAUUACUCAUAGAUUUGUAUUCGAAGAACAGCCCCAUAGAUAAGUAUACAUACUCUGUGGCACACGGAGAGGAGGAAGAAAUUUUGGAACGAGUUGAGAGGUUUGUUUACUUGGGCGACGACAGAAACAUUGUACAAGUGUAUGUUAAGGGUAAAAAAGUUAAAGAUAUUUUAUAAAUAGGUAUAAUAGCUAUUAUUAUAAAAAAAUAAAUGAUAUUUUGUAUAAUAAUAGCUCUA